CUGACACGACCAAAGCUAAAAGUGACGAAACUCAAAGAAUGGAUUCUAAGCCGCAACUGAGCGCAGCGAGCACAGUAACCACGUCCGACUUUAGUACGUUGAAAAUUUUCAUGGUCUUAAGCCAGUUCUCAUUCUCUCUAUUCAAUUGAUGGAAGUCAGAAAGUAAAACAAGUACAAACAUCAACAUGCAUCGUGAGAACAGACGGAAUAUUUUUUUUACUUUUCUCGGAGCCGAAAACGCGUUCACACGCUACUCAGACGGAAACUUCUGAAACGGCGAUAAUUCGGGAGGAACGAAUAAGAAAGCCCCCUCUAGGAACUUCUGAGGCAGCGCCUGAGACCGAAGUCAAAACCAAGACUCGCCCAAGAUGGACGGCGAUUACUGGUCAGAAACGCAGCAGCUUAUUGGCUCGCUGAUCACCAAGCCGAAAAUGAGCGAAAAAUACCUGAGAAAGCCGCCAUUUCGUUUUCUCCACGAUAUCGUACCUAGGAAUUCUUGUAGUAGUUGUAGCUAAUUUUGCUCCACUACCACUUUUCUCUGGUGAGGACCGACUUCUACAAGGAAAUCAAUGGAAGUGCAACCAUUGAUUGUGGUAGUGAUGCAAGGGCGCGAGGGUGAGGAAGAAGCUUCCUGAUCUUUGAUUGAAUUUAAGGUAAGCGUCUGCGUCACGAUAAAUAAAUGUAAAUCUUCAACGACGAGGUAAUGGAAGUGGUUCGGGUAUCUGGUUUUGCAGCCAAUCUUUUCACGGACGCUGAGCAAGACGCGGCGUCGAUGUCUGACAAGAAUUCAAAAAUUGAUUUCUUAUCGAAAAUCAUUUCCGCAACCUACUACGCGAUUGGCAUGGUAUCUAUGUUCUAGAAGAUGAUUGAACAUGAAGAAGAUAUACCUCGCCUUCAUCUUUAUCAUUAGGGUACCACUUGUUCGAGUCGAGAACAAGUUUUAGACCCGUUCAGCAACGUGAACGAGCAGACAUCUGGAGGAGUUGGCUUUUGUCCUCGGCAUGGUUGAAGAAGCAGGACACCAUACAACUAGACUAAAGAAGACAAUUCUUUCAAACACUCGCUUAUCUUACCAUAGGACGGUUGUGAAGUGCUUCCGAACAAGAUCGUAGCAGGUCUCGAAUGCGAUAAGACUAAUGCCUGGCUUUGCGACCUUUAUGCAGCAGCGACCAGCCACAAAGGAAACUCGGCCAUGGCAGUCCAGAGGGUUUUGAGCAUAUUUUUUUGGAAAAUAUCUGAGUAUGAAAUUAAUUGAAACUACUUCUAAUUUAUGUUUUAGGGCUGCACGGUGCCCCCCCCUGUGGUAUGGUCUGUGGUGGCGCUCGCGCGCUCUUUUCCGCGUGGAUUUUCGCGGAUUCUAGUGGUGGAAGGCAUCAAAAGUGGGCGCGGGCGUCCCCUUGCGCCUCUCUGCAUGUUCCUCAGGAACCUCCUGCCCUCUACUGACCUACGCAGGCUGGAGGUCUCCGGGGUAGAAAGCCGCCGAAGGCGGCCACGGUCUCAAGAGCAAGCAGUCCGAUGACCAAGGGCCCGGAGGGCACAGGCCGCACGGCUCAGGGGGUCCAGCCCCUCGCCUUUUGCCGCCUUGCCUCCACAGCCGACGCACUGCUGUGGCGGCGAAGCAUAUCGGAGGCAUGUAGGGCGCAGGCAGGCAGCUGGAAGGGAGCGGAGGCGGCCCCUUCGGCCCCUUUCGAAGCCUUCCUCCUACAUCGUAGGCCUGUAGGGUCCAGCCAGGUAGCUGGAAGGGGGCGGAGAAGGCCCCGCCCUUUUGAGGCCUUCCACCCCCGGCAGGCGCCUUCAAAAGGGGCCCGGGGGCAUGGUGCGCCCCCCCCCCUGCGCUAGGGGAGGCACUGUCGCUUUGCGCCCUAGAUCAUGUAUUAUACGAACCUAGAUACCACCUUUGUGAGUGGGCGAGGUCUCAACAACUUGAUGAUUUGAAUUGAUGACACAAGAUCUUCGCAGUUUUCUUAAAAGUUCAUCCUUCCCUACUUUGUUCGAUAAGGUGCUUUCCGGAGAGACGACGAUUUCCAAACCAGUGAAAAAAUCAGCGCCAGCACCGGCACCACCACCAGCACCAGCCUCGCCGCCAAAGCAAGAAAAGAAGUCACCAGCGGCUAAAUCGCCGAGUACGGAGCAAAAGAGACAACAGGAGGCUGAAAUGAGGCGACGCGAGGAGCAGGAAGCUGCCCUUCGCAGACAGCAAGAGGAGCAACAGCGCCAGCAACAGCAAAUGGUAUUGCGAUGGGUUUUUGUUUGUUUGUUUUUUCUCGACAACGAGACAGUAGUUUCAAUAGCCGUAUAGAAUCCAAAUAGACUAUAGCUUCUUUCAAAGCUCUAUCACUGCCACACCAACAACAGCAAGCGGAGCAGGAGAGACUACAGCAACUAGAGCAGGCAAAGGUCUUGGACAAUUCUGCGAGUGCGAAAAAGGAAGAGCCACCAGCAGCAGAGGUCGUCCAGCCAGCGGCACCGCAGGGUCAGAGAGAACGACCACGCACAGCCGGGAGAAAACCACCAAAGGUAACCGAUAGAGCACUGAUCUUUUCUUACGGUUUUGCUCUGAUGUGUCAUUUCCACAACAACUGCAAGCGCAAGGAGAAGAAGAAGCCAGUGCUGUUUUCUUUACAACUCCACUCUCACUACAACCAUUUUUAUUUUUUCUUACUCACCUGUGCCUGUAGGUAACCGCCAAGAAGGCUGAGGAAAUAGCAGCCGCUGCUUUGCCAGCAGCAGUGAAUAUUAUUGCCGAUGAUGAGCAGGAUGAGGAAGAAGAAGCUCCAGCGGCAGCUGCCCCUACUUCGGGUGUUACCGGAAACUACAAUAUCCGGGACGAAGCAGGGCACGGAAUGCUGGUAAGAAUUACCUUUCCGUUUGGCUCGCAUUUUCAAAUAACUUUGAUCGAGUCCUGUUUUGCGGUGGUCUUCGCUCCUAUUUCCUUGGAAUAGAACUACACAUCACAACCAAGUGCACGUGAAGGCAACAAAUAUCGACUACGAACUAUAGGUCCGUGACAUUCUCGUUGAGAAGAAGGCGCUAGAGGAAAAACAGGCCGUAGAGCAGCAGGAGCAGGUACAGGAGGGCGAGUCACAAGGUAUUGUGAUGGGGAAACUGCGACGAGGGAAGAAGACGCGCUCAACGACAUCUACGGGCGAAGAGUCACGAGAGCGUAGAGGUAGCACCGAUAUGACAUCUGGCGGGGCGGGUGGAGCUGCCUCCAGGGCGCCGCCAGCGUCCGAUGUGCAAAAACUACAAGAGACGAUACAACUUCUGUGCCAAGCUGCUAACCCAUUGACAAAAUCGAUGGACCUCGUUCAUGCCGACAUCUCCAGCAUGGCAAAAGAACUCGAUUACUGGAAACAAGAGUACAUAUUAAAUCUAUUUGCUGAUGUCGAAUCAUCAAAACCACUUGAAGAUUUGCUGAUGAUGUCGAAAAAAACUAGUGCAAAUUCUAAGAUCAAAAAUUAGCGUCUCAAAAACAAUGACAGGUAUAGAAACGCGCUAGAGCAGUGUCGCACCGAGUUGAAGACGACGGAAGAAGUGCUCAGCAAGAGUUAUCAAUCUGUCGCUGAAGCAGAGGAGCGCAUUCAAGAGGAAACAUCGAAGAUUCAUAGUUCUAGGGCUCGAGUUCUCAAAAACGACAAAGUCAUCCAACAUCUUUUGAACUCAGUCGUGUCCUCUCAUGGGUGAGAGGACAUAGAUGGUUACAAGUCAGUCUCAGUACAAUUUGUGUCGGGAGUAUGGCAUCGACGUACUUGAACAACAAGUACAGGAACUUCAUCGUUUCUAUGCCAUUUCUAAGUAAACCAACGUGAUCUUACCGAACUGUUUGUUCCACUUAUACAAUAACAAUAGAUCUCUUUCUUAUACGAGCUACUUUCUCUUUCAGUCAUCAUGGGCAGAACACGCAAAGACACCGACGCGUCUGGGUUGCUUAUCCAUGACUUGGCACUUUGUCGCAGUCGCGACGGCCGGGUAAUGAAGCUCCGUACAAGCAGCAAUUCAACAGAUCUAGG